AAGAAGCCAAAACAGAAGUGGGCACAGGUUCACUUAGAAGGGCUGUCUGCCCUCAUUCACCUCCAGCCCACCUUCACCUCCAUCUAGUCUCUCUGCCUGGCAAUGUCCCGCUCAGCCAUGCCGUUCCUCAGUGUUGAGGCCACAGCCCCAGAUUCUCUGUCCCUUCUCCACCAGCGCCUGUUGUUAGCCGAAGAGCAAGCUGAAGCUCUUAUUCAAGACAUUAGCUCACUGGGAGUUUCUGGCGACCACAUCAUAGGAUCUUCAGAGACAACGGUUGCCAGUCAACGGCCUGUGAGUCUACUGAAGAUACGUCAGGUCCUGGGGGAUGAGGGCACGCCAUGGCAACAGAGUGACUCUCUAGUGAGGCGAAUGUGUCGCAUGGAAAGUCUGCUACACACUCUGAAACUCACUGUCUUUCAUCUGGAGACUGAGAAAGAGAUGAAUCCUUCUGACACAGCUCGUCUGGAGCAACAGCUAGCAGCACUGCAGCAGGAGAGUGAAGAGGAGCAGCAGGCUUCCUGUAGGGUGGUGUUGAAGCUCAGGGAUCAACUUCACCAGGCUUACCAGGAGAGAGAUGAAGCAUGCACAAAGGUGCAGCACAUGGGAGGGACACUGGAGACAGCUACUGCUGCCAAGAUGGAUGUCGCUCUGGCUGCAGAGGAGCUGAAGAUUCUUAAAUUAGAGAUGAGUGAGAAACUGAAGGAGAUGAAGGAGCAGAUGAGGCAGGAGUCGGCCUGUUCCCGCGAAGCCAUGAAAUCUCACUGUGAGCUUCUCCAGCGGGUUAAGGAGAUGGAGAGAGUGAUGGAGAUGGAGAGGAGACAGGCUUUGCUGUUGCAGUCAGAUUGCCAGACGCUGAAUGUGGAGGUCCAGACCGGCCGGCAGAGACUUGAGGAAGAAAGAGAGAUAAGCAGGCAGCUCAAAGAACAGAGAGAAAUGAAGGACUCCCUCGUGUUUGAGUUAAAAACCGAACUGAAAUGGCAGCAGAGAGAAAACAGUAAGCUACAGGAAGAGGGCAGAGAGCUAAGAGCUGCUGUUGAUAGAGUCCAGACCCUGAACAAGCAGCUGCAAAGUCAGUGUUCACAGCUCAGUUCAGCCCUGCGUUCACUCACAGUGGAGAAUGCACAACAACAGUGUGAACAUCAGGCCAGCUUAAAGGUCGAAAGGAGUCGUACGGUGAAGCAGCUGCAAGAGCAAAACCUGCUGCUGGAGGCAGCCAGACACAGUAUUCAGACUGAGCUGCAGGUGGUGCUCACAGACAAAGUUAACCUGCAGAUGGAGCUGGAGAAGCUCAAAGGUGAACAUGAUCUGCUCCGGCAGAGCUCCUUGAUCGCACAGGAGACGGCGCUCACUCAGAAGGAACUGCUGGAGCGAACCUUUGAGAGGCAACGGGGGGAACUGUGCGCGGCCAGAAAAGAGGAGGAGGCAAUGAGGAAACAUCUGGAGGGUUUCAAAGCUGAGUUAUGUCUGAUUGUCACUAAGCUGGAGGGUGAGCGGAGCAGUCUGGAAACCCAGCUAAGUGAAGCCAAGCUGGAGGUGGGAUCCCUGAUGUCAGCUUUAACGAGUCAGCGGGACGAGAACAGGAGGCUCAUGGGAAAAGUGCAUGCUUUGCAGCAGGUGGACCAGACACUGAAGGAUCGCAACAACAAAAACAUGCUAGCCAAUAAGGAAGGGAAACUAAAGAUCGAUGAGCUGGAGGUCUUGCAGAGUGUCUGUGAUCCUGCAGGGAAAGCUGUCAGUCAAACCCUGGAAAACAUCCUGGCCUCUCAUAACAGACUCCAGACCCAGCAGCAGGAGCUGGGGGGUCAAGAGCAGGAGCUGGACACUCUCAAGAAGGACAGGCUGCAGGUCCAGAGAGACAUCAGGAAACACCAGACAGAGGUGGAGAAACUCCAGCAGCUCCUGACAUCUUCUCACUCCAAGAACAACGGAGCUUUUGAGUCCUUGCAGAAGUCCUUGGACACAGCAGCAGUGGACAAUAAGAGGCUGGCCAAGAGUCUGGAGCUGGCUGUGUCCACCAACAGCAGUUUACAUAGCAGACUGGAGCAGGCCAGAGACCAGUACCAGGGUACUAUCACACUGAGAGAUGAGGAGCUACGGGAGGCUCGGUCAAAGAUUCGUCAUCUGUCUGAGGAGCUGAACGCUUUAAAGCAACAAAUGAGGGAAGACUGCAAAUCGUCUGUGAGGGCACUGCAGCGUGAAAUCUCCGAGCUGAAAGUGACAGUUAAGGAUUCUUCGAGCAGGUCAGGUGACCUGUCCGAGGCCAAUCGAGAGCUGCGUCGACGGGCGUCUGAGCUCGAGCGGCUGGUGUCCAAACAGAAAGCUUGUAUCAAAGAGCAGAAGAGCCAGCUGAGGCAGCAACAGAAGAAUGGACAUUUACAGGACCACUGUGAGAGAGUGCAGAGCUUAAAGGAGAGUAGCAGGGAUCAGCAUGAGAAAGAACCAGCUGACAGGAAGCUCCAGGAUGUCAAGGUGGACUCCAAGCAGGUUUUAAACAAGCGGGAGGCGGAGUGGGAGAGGUGGACGUCUACCAUCCAACGCUGGGAGGACAAGAGAGAGCUGGCUCACGUCGCUGGAAAACCCAGCCUGUGAGGACACAGCUGGUGACACAUUGAUAAUGAC